AUGAGGGAAAUUCGGCGAUAUUUGUUUUGGAUCCGUUACGAUGGAUCGAAAUUUCCCGAAAUGGCGAAAGGUGGAACCGGAUUCGGUGUUAUGGAUCUUCUAAAUCAGACAGUGUCACAGUCGAUAUUCGGACCGCGAAGAGAGCAACACCCAGAGCAAAAGGAUAAAUUGAAGUUUUCUCCAAGCAGUCGAACUGAUGCAAAAGUUCAUGCGAUUCGAAGUUCCGUAAUUUGCCAGGUUCCAUUGGAAUUCGCUGAUCUAGACAAAUGUCCCGAAACUAAGAUCCAAUACAUGAGAACAUGGAAAUCAAUCAUUGACGCCGCAAAUCCGGGAUCUCUAGAAAUCCUAGAUGCACACUCUGUCUCUGCUGGAUUUUGUAUCAGAAGAAGUGUGUCAUAUAGAAAGUACACAUAUCGGUUAGCAGUAUGCCGCUCCUGGGAUUUAUGGGAUACUAUUCGACAAGAACCUUCUAUUGCUUGUUUCUCCGAAAGAGAUUACGCGUGGAGACUACCUCCAGGAUUCUCACCUGAACGACUUCUGCGAGCCGGAAAAAUUUUCGAAGGCGAGCAAGUAAUGGGAUCGUUCUUCAAGCAUACAAAUCGAGAAAAACGUACCGAACCUAUAUCACCUUCGGCUCUCAAAUACAUAUUCUACGUUGGAUUGUCCAACGGAGAAGCUUAUUCGGUAGAAAAUGACAUUUAUGAUUAUUACAAUGUGACAAUUGUAGCAAAGUCAUUUGUUCGAGAGCAGAUUCGCAGAAUGAUUUCGUGCUUGGUGAACUAUUCGUAUGACCGAAUCCCGUUAUCCACUGUGAAUUGGCUUCUGAAAAAUCCCAUCAGCUCGAACUUUUACGAUAUGGGAAUCCCAGUAGCUCCUCCGCAGGGUCUUUAUUUAACUGACGUGGUUUAUGAUCCAAAUAUGUUUACAAAGCCUGUUCCCUACUAUUUGCACUCGUGGGAUUACGAAUAG